CUCUCAGUUUUCAGAGAGCGCUUGCACAUCCCCCUUCUCUUCAGAAUGCGCUCAGCUAACUUUGGGCCAGCAUACAAGAUACCGGUCGCACACUGACAGAACUGAGACGUAAGGUUAAAGGAGGCCAUUUGAAAUCAAACCUUCAACAUCAUUCUCACUCCAGGUCGACUGCAGAACACUGUGGACAAUAGUUAUCAUCAAAUUCCAUUUUCAACAAUUGUUCUUGGGCUCUGGGACUUUUAUGAAAAAUGAACCAAGAAAAACUGAUGCUGUUUCAAUGUGUGCUCCUGUUGUGCCUGGGCACCUGUCUAAGCCAAAGGGACUGUACAGGCGUGGAUUGUCCAGUGUUGGACAACUGUAUUGAGGAGGUUUUGGAGAAGGACGCUUGCUGUGCCACCUGUGUUAAAAUAGGAUGCUCAUGUGAAGGUUAUCAGUACUAUGACUGCAUCCACGCAGGCUUCCGGAAUGGGAAAGUUCCAGAGGGAGAAUCUUACUUUGUGGAUUUCGGAAGCACAGAAUGUUCUUGUCCACAGGGAGGCGGGAGGAUCGGGUGCCAUUUCAUCCCAUGUCCCCAGAUCCCUCCCAACUGCAUCACUGUCGUGGAACCUGCAGAUGGGUGUCCGCAGUGUGAGAGCAUCGGUUGUGUCCGAGGCAACCUGAAGUAUGAAGCGGGUCACUCCUUCCAGAUGGACCCGUGUCAGGUGUGUCACUGUCCUAACGAUGGCGGGAGCCUGAUGUGUUCUCCUAUCCCUGACUGCGACCCUCGUCACAUUAAGAAGCCCAUGUUAGCAACAACCAGACAAAAAAACAUCUCUCUGAGAGACCUCAGCAAACCGCAUGACAAUGAACAGACAAGCCCAUUAGACCCACUCGCCCCCGGUAACACCCUACCUCUUUACAAAGAGGACCCACCUGUCCUGGAUGAAGAUAAUGAUUAUGACUACACACUGCCUGACUCCUCAUCUACUAUACCACAAGACCUGGUCCAGCCAACAGAAUCGACCACAGUGUCACCAUCCUAUGCUGAGACAAGCUUUCCUACUUAUGAGAUCUUUAAUGACCUGAAGCAGGAGCUGAGAGAGAGACUGGGAACAUAUGAUCAGGAGACAAGAGAGGAGGUGACUGUUACCGCGGAUCCACAUCACAUGGACCAGACCACCUCAAAGGCCCAGGGGGAGUCAACAACCUCAACAACAACAACUAAACAGGAAGUUACCUCAGAGAGCCACAGGCAUCAACAGGAAGUUGUUGACCAGGACAGCAGACAUCACAGAGAUGGUGACUUAGUGAUGAAGAGUGACACUUCGAAGGACAUCACACAAACUGUCAAUAGUGACAAGGGAGUGAGACACACUGGCCGCCACAAACACAGAGACAACCAAAACAGUAACCACCAUGAUGGCAGUCGUUCAUCCCAAAGCUACGGGUGGCACCAUGAGAAGCACCUUGAGGAGCAUCUUGAGGAACAGCGUGAGGAGCCCACAAAGCCCCAGAGUAAACUUGACCAGGACUUUCUCGCAGUGAAGUUCAGCCCGACCAGCCCGGCUCCUGUCAUGAGGGAGGAAGGAGACCAGGCAGCCAGGAGACAGUCCCAGGUCCUCUUCAACUACCAGGGUCCAAACGAACAGUCUCGAAACACUGAGGUUUCUUCCAAGGAGUUGGUGGAGAUCUGUUGUGAGACUGGGGAGAAGUGGGCCUCAGCCAACGGCCACUGCAGAAACAUGGAGCUCCCCAGAGAGGACAGACACUCCAUCUGUCGGACGGCUCAGAGACAGUGCUGUCUGGGCUCUCUGAAGGAGAGUCACUGUUUCUCUGGUAUGAAUGCAGCCAGGAAAGGAACUGUGUGUGAGGUGGACAACAAUGACCAGUGUGGAGCUGACUCCUACAAGGAGUGUUGUAGCUGCUGCUCUCUGGGGCUGAGGUUCCGUAGCGAGAGCUACCGCUGUGAGGCUCACCAGUACCUGGGUUACCCCUGCAGCCACGUCUUCCUCACCUGCUGUGAGGGAGAGAAGGGGGAGGCAGGGGAAGAGGGAAAGGGAGGAGAGGGAGAUGGCUGGGACAACCUCAAAGAAAGGCCCGCACUGGACCCCACUGCAGUGCCAAAAAGAGUGUCAGACUCCCCGUUCCCUAAAGAGGCCUUCUCCAUCGGGGAAGAGGAGGAGCAAGAGAGGGAGAACACGGUGGAGGGCCCUCCAGAGAUGGAGGAUGUAGAUGAGUGUCAGGUGUACCAGAGCACACUGUGCCACCACAGGUGUAUCAACACCUCCGGGUCCUUCAGGUGUGCCUGCUACCCUGGCUAUGUGCUGCAGCAGGACGAGGCCAGCUGUGUACCAGAGACGGUGGAUGAAGAGAACAGACUGAGAGAGGAUGACAGGCCAGAGGUUGGGUCUACCUCCACUGCACCCCCCACCACUACAACCCCUGUCAACCCCUGUGAGGGAAAUAGCCACUGUAUGCAACAGUGCUCCUCAGUGGCCGGAAGGCCUCACUGCUCCUGUUUCCCAGGGUUCUCUCUGAUGGCUGACGGGCAAUCCUGUGAAGAUAUCAAUGAGUGUUUGAUGUCCACCCAUACCUGUCAGAUGAAUGAGCAUUGUGUGAACACGGCUGGGAGUUUUGUGUGUCGGCGUCAGAUCACCUGUCCUCUGGGUUACCAGAUCAGCAACGAUGUCUGUGAAGAUAUUGACGAGUGUGUUCAGGGGACUCAUAACUGUGGGCCAGGCUUUGAGUGUGUGAACAGUGAGGGUUCGUUCAGGUGUAACGCCAAACCGCACUGCUCCAUGGGCUUCACACAGGACACACGUGGGAAUUGCAUCGACAUAGAUGAAUGUGGUGUAGUAGGCCGGCCCUGCAGUCAUGGCUUUAACUGUAUCAACACAGUGGGAUCCUACAGCUGCCAGAUGAAAAUCAUCAUGUGUAACCGUGGUUACCACGCAAGCCCUGACGGAGGCAGGUGCAUAGAUGUGGACGAGUGUCAGAGCGCUCUGCAUCGCUGUGGGGAGGGACAGAUCUGCCACAACCUGCCCGGAUCCUACCGCUGUGACUGCCAGACGGGCUACCAGUACGACAUGUUCAGGAAGAUGUGUGUGGAUGUGAAUGAGUGUUGGCGCUACCCCGGCCGCCUGUGUGCCCAGACCUGUGAGAACACCCCGGGAUCCUAUCAGUGCUCCUGCACCGCUGGCUUCAGCUUAUCCAGCGAUGGCAAGAACUGUGAAGAUGUGAAUGAGUGUCUAACCAACCCCUGCAGUCAGGAGUGUGCCAACAUCUAUGGCUCCUACCAGUGUUACUGCAGACAAGGCUACUACCUGAGAGAAGAUGGACACACCUGUGAUGACAUUGAUGAGUGUGCCCAGAGCAUUGGCCACCUGUGUUCCUUUAAGUGUGUGAACGUCCCAGGGAGCUACCAGUGUGCCUGCCCUGACUACGGCUACACAAUGUCUCCCAAUGGACGCGCCUGCAGAGACAUAGACGAGUGUACCACCGGGGCCCACAACUGCUCCUUGGCUGAGACCUGCUACAACAUCCAGGGAGGCUUCCGCUGUCUGUCCUUCGACUGUCCACAGAACUACCGCAAAUCCUCUGACACCCGCUGUGAACGACUGAGCUGCCCCAACUUCCUGGACUGUCAGAACUCUCCCCUGAGGAUCACCUACUACCACCUGAGCUUCCAGACCAACAUAGUCAUCCCAGCCCAGAUCUUCCGCAUUGGCCCCUCCCCUGCCUACUCCGGGGACAAUGUCAUCAUCAGCAUCACCCAGGGCAAUGAGGAUAACUACUUUAGCACGCGGAAGCUGAAUGCCUACACAGGCGCAGUGUACCUGCACAGGCAGGUCCAUGAGCCCCGGGACUUCCUGAUUGACGUGGAGAUGAAGCUGUGGAGACAGGGCACCUUCACUACGUUCCUGGCCAGGCUCUACGUCUUCAUCACAGCCAACUCACUCUAACAGACUGGCCCCCAGCCUACCCUUGCUCCUACCCACCUCCCUAAUGGACAGCCAGUUCCCCUCUGUACCCCCUACCCCUCAAUGGACAGUAUGAAUUUUGACAAUAAGUCAGUCAACUUCAAUAAUCAUACCAGUUGCCCAAUUUCAUAACACAUUGAUGAUUAGGGUUGCAAAAUCCUGGAACUUUCUAUAAAUUCCCUUGUGUUCCCGAAAUCCUGAAUGGAUCAUUCCCGGAAUCAGGAGAGAAUAAGCAGAAAAUCCGGAAUUCGGGAAAUACAAUUUCAAACCAGGAUUUCUGGAAAACCAGGGAAUUUAUAGAAAGUUCCAGGGAUUUUGGAACCCUACUGGUAAUAGCAAAGGUCGUUUUGCACUGUAAAAAUAAAUAUGUUUGAACUUAAAAAAAACAAGUGACCUGGCUGCCUUAGAAUUGGUUAUGUCCACUCAGUAGGUGAAGAUGAGUUGACAAAACGUAAAAUGAGUGACAUUAGUUGAUUUACCUUGAAAUCUUAAGUCAGUGGGCUAGAGGUACCACUAGUUUUUACAGCCUAGAGCAGGGGUAGGUAACUAGAUUCAGCCGCAGGCCGAUUUUUGUCAGAGCUGAUGGUCGGCGGGCUGGAACAUAAUUAUUGCAAUUUGUACACUGCAAAUUGACUACAACUAGACCCAAAAAGAGAUUGUAUUUGAAAAUAACAAUAACUUCAUACCUUGAUUACAUUGAAACAUGAUCACAUGUCCAUUUUUUUUUUGAUUGUUGUGGAAAUACUUGGGAAUACAUUUCCUAAUUGUAUUUGUUUUACUAAAUCAUUUGCGGGAUGGUUUUGGCUCACGGGCCGGAUGUUGCUGACUCCUCGUCUAGAGUGUCUUUAACCCACUAAGACAGGUUGUGUUGUCAGUCAAAAAGUUACAGUAUCAGUGCCUCACUCCAAAUUAUCAUUUUAUUAUCUCUUUUUUUUAUCCCUUAUGCUGCUGUUCCCUUCUAUCCUCUUGAAGAAUUUUGUACCACUAUGCUAAUUUAAUAUCACAGUAUAUUAUGACAUGUAUUUGUACCUGUGUAUUAUUCAGACACAUUAUGCCUGGAUGUAUCAUAUUUCUGCUGGUUUUGUAAGCUGAAAAUGAUUGUAUUUUUUAACUAAAACUACACAAACUGUU